AUGAUUUUAAAAACUUUAUCCAGAAUGAGAUAUUUUCCACUGUUCAUUGGGAUGAGACAGAGCCUAAGUGGUUCUGUGCGGCUCUAUUCCAGAAGAUCAAGAGGCCCCGAGAUCAAAAAUAAGCUGAAGUUGGCUACAACAGUUGGCUCCACUAAACAAACCGGUUCAACCUUAAGUCGGAAGCCUUCUCCUAAUAUUCGAGUCUCAGACAAACGUGGUCCCAAAAUCAAAACUCCGGCUCAUAGAUCAAAAGAUAAAAGUCGCAGUACAUUCAAUUAUGGAAAUUUUGGGGGCUUGAAAGAAAGUGGUGCUGAAGAAAGCCAGAGAGCUAGCAAAAUAAUAUCAAAAAUAUCGGACUUCGACCAGUUGAAAGUCUUACCGGUCGUUAGAAAUGCAAUAAAACAAGUUAUAGCAGAUGAAUCUUUGGCUAAGGGGAAGAUAAAAGAUAUAAAACCUUCCCCCAUACAAGUUGUCUCGAUAAGGAAGUUGGCAUCCAAUCUCAUGGAUCCGAAAUUGCAAUUACAUGCAAUUGCGGCAGAAACGGGCUCUGGUAAAACUAUUGCGUAUCUCACGCCCUUGCUCGACUACUUGAAGAGACAGGAGAUUGAAACUCCAGAGUACUGGGAGUCAAUAAAUAAAAAGGCGGUAAUAAGAUCUGUUAUAUUAGUCCCAACGCAUGAACUGAUAGAGCAGGUUUAUAGUACGGUUUCAAGGAUAGAUGAAUCUCUGGAAUUGCAUACGUGUAAGUGGGGAAGCUCACUACCCUACAGUGAUUUAUUAGAGCAAAUUAAGAAUAGAAUUGAUAUCUUGGUUACAACCCCAGCUAAACUUAUGUCGUUGUUUAAUAUAAGAAUGAUCAGUCGUCCAGAUAAAAUUCUUUCGCAACUUAAGUUCGUUGUACUUGAUGAAGCUGACACGUUGUUGGAUCAAUCAUGGGUAGAAGAUAUGCACGCAGCAAUCAAGAAAAUGCCCAACACAAACCACAUAGUAUUUUGCUCAGCUACGAUACCUAACGAGUUUAACAGAACAUUGGGUAGCUUGUUUCCUACAGUUGUCUCGAUCACUACUCCUAGACUGCACAAGCUCCCCAAUUCUUUGGAAUUCAAGGUUAUUGAUGCAUCUUUAAACCCUUUCAAGGGUUCCAAAGUGAAGGCACUGGCGCAAGUAAUGUACGCUAUUUUAAAUGAUGGAACUGAACCAAAUUUUGAAAAAAGAUGCAUAGUAUUUGUCAACGAGAAAAAAGAUGUUUCGACCUUAGUCGAAAAGUUAUCAACAACAUACGGUCAUAACUGCGUUGGAUUGACAGGAGAUGACAAGGUAUCGGAGAGAUUGGAAAAGAUUGCUGCAUUUAUACAGCCUCCAAAGGUUCUCGAGACUCCGCAAAAAACAGUGCAGCGAGAAGCAGACAAUACGAAAAUUUACAAGAUUCCGAAUUCCAACAUCCUCAUAACUUCGAAUGAAGGAGAAAAAUCAAAUAUUCCUCCACCAAGUUCAAGAUUGAGAAUUCUCGUCACUACGGAUUUAAUGGCUAGAGGUCUAAAUUUUAGAGGUGUUAAAAACGUCAUAUUAUAUGAUGUACCUAAGACAUCGAUAGAUUUGGUACAUAGAGCCGGAAGAACUGGUAGAAUGAAGCAAAGGGGUAGAGUGUUCAUGCUGAUAGAUAAAACUGCAAAAUCAUGGGCAAGAGGAAUACCGAAGAUUGUAAAAAAUAGUAUUGCACUAUCAUAG